UCCUAUAUACCUGUAUACACAAACACACACACACCAACUGACAGACAGCAGUAGCAACAACAACAGCAGCAGCACAGUCGUUGUUUUCGUUCCAUGCGAUUGCGCCGACUCUGGACGUUCGCCACUACGGCAGUAACCGCGGGAAUGGUGACGGCGCGUCGGUCCCGGGACGACGACCACCGGAUGCCCCACGACGCCGACCGCCGGAUCUUCCACAAUCACACCAUCGCCGCACAGCGGGAACGCAUCCGGAUGCGACAGGAACGUUUUCGACAACACGUACAUUCCAUGCCGCCACCGAUCGGCAUCGAGCCGGUUACCUUGGCCGACUUUGCGCACAUGCAGGGCGAUCGCUCGCUCGGAUGGUGGGGUGGUGGUUCCACCGUGACGGCAGGAUCGUCCGUGGCCGUGUCCGAAGACGUGCUGGCGGAUCCCACGCAAGAAUACGACAAGUGGGCCCAAGCCUACCGGAUGUUGGGCGGAUUUAUCGACUGUGAUCACAGUAAGGAGGAAGAAGGGCAUCAUUCGCAAGACCAGAAUCAGAACCAAAAUAAGGAUACGGUGGCUUGUAGUCGAUGGAUGAUGUGGGCGUCGUACGUCAAUCCCAACUACCAAGGAUACGAAUACAAGGAAUACUUUGGUGACAGUCCCUAUUCCAAACUCGAUUGUCACGCCAGUGAUACCGAAUGGAAGUUGCUCGGAGUGUAUCGCCAAGAAUUCUACCAGUACAUUGAACAAAUUUCCAAGCAUUUAUGGGCCAUUGACGACUACGAAUACGUCGUGGCUUUGGCCGGACUCGCCUACAUGACCGACGCCGUUUGUUGGCAGAUCGGUGCUACCAGCGACGGCGCCGCCAUUUACGCCGGUGUCGCACCAAAACCCUACGGAAAAUUCCAAAUGGCCCUCUACACGGACGAGUACUGCUUGACACCGGACGAUAGCUUGGGAUUGACCUUUGACGACUUUGGAUUGACGUCCGAUAUCGAUCUGGGAUCCAAGGACGCCACGGACGAUGACGGCAAAUCCUGGGCCUACGAUUGGUGGUACGGGGCGCAGGAAUACACACUCACCAGCUUGAACGAAGUUUACGAGGAAUACAAGUACUGCACAUCCUGUGUAGAUUAUCCCACCUACCAGGAUGGCUACUUUAUUGGUGACGACGGGACGGACGAUGACGAUUUGAUCAAUCAGUGUUGGAAAUUUUAUUCACACGACUCCUUUACCUGCGAAGCCGAGUGUAUCGCCAUGGCGCACGCGCAAGGCACUAUUCUCAGUAUCAACUACGGUGACACCACGUUUGGCAAAACAUCUUCCAGUUUCUAUUCCCGGUCCGGCCGCUCCACGAGUUCCGACAACAACUUGGCCGAAUCCCCCCUGGCGAGACUACUGGCCAAUGUCUUUUUGACUCUGGCGUUUUUAUUGUUCGUCGCCACCUUUUUGGCCUUUGCCGUGGCCCGACGUUCGCGAUACCGGGAAUCGCGGAGUAAGAAGAGUCGCCGUCUGUUGAGUGGGAGUAGCCGCUCGGGACGAUCAUCGUCGCGGAAAUCUCGACGCUCGGGCGAUGGCAUCUUUCGGAGUUCGGCGUCACCCCGGCGGUCGUCGUCCCGUGCGAGAUCGAAACCGCGGUCUAGUUCCCGUCGGAGUUCGAGACGGUACGAACCACCGUCGAGUACGCUGGGCGCGGAUGGCGGCGGUGCUGGUGAUGCAACACACUAGAAUGGUUCGACUCUCGAUGGACGGUGGUGGGUUGCGUACGAGAAUCAAAGUCACGAACCCGCACUCGUUGUCUCGUGCCGGUUGGUCAGUUUCUGGCCGUUUUGUGAAUGUGCGGUGGGCUGUUGUACGCCCGGAGCGUACGAACGGGGUUCCUGUAGUGCGAGCCUGGAGGUACGGACAACUACAGCAACAACACCCGAAAAUUUGACAUUUAGAACUAGAGUGCUCUACUCGCGAG